UGCAGCGACUCUUCCGGUCCGGUUCUCCCGGGUCGCCGCGCUCAGCAGGGCUGAAAGCGUCUCUCACGUGAGACCAGCGCAGUGUCUUCUAGAGUAUGGCUGAACGGCGGGGAAACACGAGCGGACCGCGCCGCCGGAAGACAGCCGAGAGGCGAGUCUCACUUCCCGCCAGACCUGGGUUCUGCAGGUGCCAUGGGUCUGGAUAAUUCUCCAGAAGAAUCUAGAAUUAUCAGAUGUCCGGACGGAAUCUGGCGCGGCUCUCUGACCUCCCGGGGAGCGAACCGGUACUUCCGCCUGAGCGAACCGACGCUUCCGGCGGACCGUCCCCGCUCUACGUGAGUACAGAGGCCACCGGGAGAACCUGGCACACCGGAGCUCUCACCUUUCAGCGCGUGCAGUCCCGUGACUUCCUCGCCGGAUUGGAGCUCCGCUCCGUCGCGCGCAUCGGCAGCUGCCAUGGUGUCUCCAUCUGCCGCCCUAAACCGUCCGGGCGGAAAUAUGAACCGAUCCGGAACCAAUGAAGAACUAGGAUCAUUUUUUCCAAAUAACUGAAUCCCAGACGAAAAUGCACAAGAAUAAUCAAUGAAUAUAAUGUGAUGUCAGAAAUUAACUACACGAGUGACAAAGCAGAUCCGGGUUCUGUUUCGAAAUAAUUGGGAACCGGAAAGAAACCGGAAAGAAAUAAACCAAAGAUCGUCUGAAAUAAAACGCUAAAAACAAGAGGUGUCACUCUGCUGUAAAAAAUAAUGAUCGUUAAUGUGAAAGUUCCAAAAGUAUCAGGAGGAGUAUUUUUAAUCAGGUGGGCGUGUCACACACGCACGCGCGAACACACAGACGACUGUGCGCGCGCGCACGCACCCUGGUAACUUCUGGGUUUCAACCAAUCAGAACUUGUCUGUGUGACCUGCAGCGGAAGUGAUGUCAUACCAGGUCCUUUAACAAUCGGAAUAUAGAAACACGCUAACAUCAAAGAAAGAGUUCCGCGGCCGCGACUCCUGACGUCACAGUGGCGCCAAACAGCGCUCAUUUCGCGGGAGAUGCCUUUUGUUUGUCCUAAGUUCUGAUGUUUGGAGGAAAAAACGGGUCAGAAUUCACGAGGUUCUGAUGUUUGGAGGUAAAACGGAUCGUUUGUCUCUUGUUUGAGCUUAAUGAACAGCUGAGUGUCGAAGAAUGAAACCCUUUCAUCAGAUUCAGCUUUUACUGGCCAAGUUUAUUGAUGACAAGCAAUGAAUUUCACUGUUUCUUUUACUUUCUAAGAUAAGAAGAAAAAACUGAACAAACAGGAUGAAAGAGAGGAGAGGAAAUGACUGGAGUUUAGAGAAAACAGCAGCUCUGAAAAGCAGGAAGUCCCGAUAUUUACAAUCAUAUAAACAUUUAUAAAGAAAAAAAGGAAGGACAGAAGAGAGCAGCAGAUACAGUCUGUCAGAGGCUGUCCUCACCGGGACACCGGGGGACAGUCUGUAGCGCCGUCUGUCCUCACCGGGACACCGGGGGACAGUCUGUAGCGCCGUCUGUCCUCACCGGGACACCGGGGGACAGUCUGUAGCGCCGUCUGUCCCUCUGGAGCCGUCCCGGGGUUUUGUAACUGCUGUUACGAACACUUCGGUGUCCCGCACAAAAGAAGCCUUUUGAAUUUCCCGCGGUAGUCCAGAGUCACGUGGGAGCGGCUCCGGCCUCUGAUUGGCUCCGCGGCUGACGCUCUGCCCUCCUAUUGGCCGGCUGCGUUCAGGCGCCAAGGUUCCAACAAAAAGCCUCAAAAAGGCAGAAGAAGCUUCAGUCCAGCCUCGGUCCUCGGAGUGUCCCGCCGCUGUCCUCGGUCCUCGGAGUGUCCCGCCGCUGUCCUCGGUCCUCGGAGUGUCCCGCCGCUGUCCUCGGUCCUCGGAGUGUCCCGCCGCUGUCCUCGGUCCUCGGAGUGUCCCGCCGCUGUCCUCGGUCCUCGGAGUGUCCCGCUGCUGUCCUCGGUCCUCGGUGUGUCCCGCCGCUGUCCUCGGUCCUCGGAGUGUCCCGCCGCUGUCCUCGGUCCUCGGAGUGUCCCGCUGCUGUCCUCGGUCCUCGGUGUGUCCCGCUGCUGUCCUCGGUCCUCGGAGUGUCCCGCUGCUGUCCUCGGUCCUCGGUGUGUCCCGCCGCCGCCCUCGGUCCUCGGUGUGUCCCGCCGCUGUCCUCGGUCUUCGGUGUGUCCCGCCGCCGUCCUCGGUCCUCGGAGUGUCCCGCCGCUGUCCUCGGCCCCAUGCUGUCCUCCCGCUCUCCGCUGUCCCAGAAGGCUCCGCUGGGAGACAUGUCUGUGGACAAAGAGAACACGCCUCCGGGCCUGAGCUCCAGCCGCGUCCUGGCCUCUAAGACGUCCCGGAGGAUCUUCGCGGACUCUGCGGUGAAGAGCAGCGCCCCCCGGCGGCGGCGGCAGGACCUGGACCAGAACCCGGAGCAGGAGGAGGAGCCGCUGCUGAAGGAGAACCCGGGCCGCUUCGUCCUGUUCCCCAUCCGGUUCCACGACAUCUGGCAGAUGUACAAGAAGGCCGAGGCGUCCUUCUGGACGGCCGAGGAGGUGGAUCUGUCCAAGGACCUGCAGCACUGGGAGAACCUGAAGGACCAGGAGAGGUUCUUCAUCUCCCACGUCCUGGCCUUCUUCGCCGCCAGCGACGGCAUCGUCAACGAGAACCUGGUGGAGCGCUUCGCUCAGGAGGUGCAGGUGACGGAGGCCCGCUGCUUCUACGGGUUCCAGAUCGCCAUGGAGAACAUCCACUCCGAGAUGUACAGCCUGCUGAUAGACACCUACAUCAAGGACCCCCGAGAGAGGGAGUUCCUGUUCAACGCCAUCGAGAACCUGCCGUGUGUGAAGAAGAAGGCGGACUGGGCUCUGAACUGGAUGGGGAACCAGAGAGCGUCCUACGGAGAACGUGUGGUGGCCUUCGCCGCCGUGGAGGGGAUCUUCUUCUCGGGCUCGUUCGCCGCCAUCUUCUGGCUGAAGAAGCGAGGCCUGAUGCCCGGCCUGACGUUCUCCAACGAGCUGAUCAGCAGGGACGAGGGUCUGCACUGCGACUUCGCCUGUCUCAUGUUCAAACACCUGCUGAGGAAGCCGUCCCCGGAGACCGUGGUCACCAUCAUCAGGGACGCCGUGGAGAUCGAACAGGAGUUCCUGACUGAAGCUCUGCCGGUGAAGCUGAUCGGGAUGAACUGUGACCUCAUGAAGCAGUACAUCCAGUUCGUGGCCGACCGGCUGCUGCUGGAGCUGGGCCUGCCCAAGGUCUACCGGGCGGAGAACCCCUUCGACUUCAUGGAGAACAUCUCUCUGGAGGGGAAGACCAACUUCUUCGAGAAGCGGGUGGGCGAGUACCAGAGGAUGGGCGUCAUGGCGGGCGCCACCGACAACGCCUUCACCCUGGACGCCGACUUCUGAGCAGGGCCUGCUGGGAGCGACUGGAAUGAUCUUUUAUUAGUUUUUAAACCGGAGCGAGAACUCGCUCUCCAAUGCAUCGAUCUGCGUUUUGUAAAUACAGUUUACUGGUUUUGUUUUUGAAAUAAAAUAAUUUAAACCGAA